GUGUCUCACUCACAUUCUUCAUUGUGAAAGCCAAAAAUGGACACAAAGACCACCACAGCCAUUCCACCUCAGAAUCUUUCCUCUGCCUAUGGAGUACCACAAAACCUGGCGGCAACGCCGACAGCAGCCUCUGCCUACGCAGUACCUCAAAACCAGCUCCAGCUGACGCCAACUGCGACGUAUGCAACUCAACCCUUGACACCGACUGCGGCGUCGUAUGCACCUCAAACACUGAAUACAACGACCCCAUCUCAUCAUCAAAAUCUAACAUCUGGGUUUACGCCGCACCAGAGCCUAGCCUCGCCAGGCAUUGUGCCUCAUCAAAAACGAGCUGCUCAUUCAUCAGCAGUUGGACUCAGUGGCCGCACGGCUCGUACGGCACUCGGACUGGACGGCCGUGCGUCUCGCACUCUCGGACUUGACAGCCGUGCAACCCGUGGUGGAACGUCCGACGAGACUGAGCUGAGCAAAAGAAUCAUGGAUCUUCAUGAGUCUGAUGAGCGUGGUCUUGCUGUUAAGCCUGUUCUUCACAUCAUCGAUGUCAUUUUUCACCGCGCUACUGCUGACCUACCUGGAUUCAAUCUUCAGCAUUCAGACAUUGGUACGGAUGAAAAAGCUGUCAUGUAUUCUGUUGCUAGUCUUCAAGAUAAUGUCGAAAUCCCUGCUAGGAUUACGAACGCCAUAUCAUGCGAGAUCCUCAGCAAGUGCUCAGCUGGAGUGGAUGUGCACACCAUUACAAUGGAAAUAUUACAGAUAAUCAAGCACUACGGGUGGGACUCGAAGGUGCUGCUAGCCUUGGUGGCAUUCGCUGUGACUUUUGGCGAGUUUCGACUGGUCCUCCAGCAAUACUCAACCAAUCCACUCGCCAAAGCGGUUGCUCUUCUCAAACAAUUGCCUGAACUUUUGGAGCAUGCUGGGGCUUUAAAGCCAAAACUCGACGCUCUCUACGAUUUGAUCAAGGAAAUCCUUGACGUGACAAAGAAAAUUGUCGACUUCUAUGACCUUCCAAGGAAUGAGUAUUUUACUGCUGACUCCCCUGAAAUUCUAUCUGCUGCUUCUCAUAUCCCAACUGCUGUUUAUUGGACCAUUCGGAGUAUUGUUGUUUCUUCAACUCAAAUUUUGGCCCUCACCGGCAUGGGAAUUGAGUAUCUAACGGAGCCAUGGGAGCUGUCUUCCUUGGCCCAUAAGCUCAACAACAUAAAAGGGCAUGUUGUUGACAUUAUCGAACGUUGUUACAAGUUUGUUGAGAAGAAGAAAGAGGAUGAAGCAUAUGAGUAUCUUGUGCGUACUUUCCAAAUUACACACAUCGAUAACUCAAAGCCUCUGAGGGUUUUAUUCAAUGAAGAUCCCCAAGCACUCUAUGAUUGCUACAGCAAGAAAAGGAUCAUAAUCGAGGAUUUGAAGAGAAAAGUUGUGGCCUUAUUCAUCACAGAAUUAGAUCCUGAACUCAUUCGUUCACCUGAAUAUGCAAUCUUACAACAAAUGUACGCAGAAAAGAGGCACAACAUGACAAGAUCUGAGAGUCAAUAUGAAGUGGUUUGGGUUCCAAUCUCAAACGUGUGGAAUGAUGACAAGUACAGAGUAUUUGAUAGGUUAAAAGAACAAAUGGAAUGGCACUCGGUGCACCAUCCUUCAGCUGUAACCCGAGUGGCCCCAAGAUUCUUCAGAGAGAAAUGGGGCUUUGUGAAGAAGCCUAUCCUCGUGGUGAUCGACACUCAGGGCAGAGUUAUGCACAACAAUGCCAUUCACAUGAUGUGUAUUUGGGGAAGCCUAUCCUACCCUUUUACCGCCAACAGAGAAAAAUUGUUGUGGGAGGAUAAUGCCUGGACCAUGGACCUGCUCAUCGAUGGCCUUGACCCCAAUGUUUCUAUUUGGAUCCAAGAACAAAAGCACGUUUGCUUGUAUGGAGGAGAAGACAUUGACUGGAUAAGGAAAUUCACAAGAAUUGCUAAGGAUGUUGCCCGCGAAUCUGGGAUUCAACUGGAGUUGCUUUACGUGGGGAAGAGCAAACCUCACGAGAAAGCAACAAGGAACAUCAUCGAGCUGAUUUUGAAGGAGAACCUAAGCAGAACCUUGGACUGGAACCUUAUCUGGUACUUUUGGCUGCGGUUGGAGAGCAUGUGGCACUCCAAGGGGCAACUGACCACGGCUGAAACUGUCAAGCACGACCGUGUAAUGCAAGGAAUCAUUGCGAUGCUGAGCUAUGGGUCCAGUAGCCAAGGUUGGGCUGUUAUCAGCAAAGGUUUUGAGGGAAUGGUUAAGGGCAACGGGGAGCACAUGUUUAGGGGCUUGACUGAGCAUGGCCUAUGGAAGACGAGGGAGGCAGUGAUCGGUUUCGUGCCCGCUCUGGAUGAGUACCUUCAGAAGCUCCAUGUUGACGCACCACACCACUGCACCAGCCUCAUUUUGCCAGCCACUGGUGCAAUGCCCGAAACCGUGGCUUGCUCUGAGUGCGGGCGUUUGAUGGAGAGGUACAGCAUGUUCCGCUGCUGCCUUGACUAAUAUUGACCAUUUCAUCGUGAACUUGAUGACGAGUUGAUAUGCACGCAUAAUAUUGGCAUGGCGCCUCUAUGACAAUAAAAGAACAUCGUCAUCGAUCAUAAAUAAAUUGUUACGAGAAUAUUGUCGUAAUUGUUUUAUCUUAUAUAUAUUUAUUUUUUAAAAAAAUAUUUUGGGACAAAAUUUAUAUCCUGUAUUGCAUUGCUGUUGCUUUGGCAACUACAACCAAGUUUUCUGUUAUUUUAAUUAUUGAAUAAAUAAAUAAUACUUGCUGUUUU